AUUAUAGAGUCUCUCUAAAACACUUGUACAUCGGCAAACAGCAUCUUCAAAACAAGCAGGAAGACCCUCAAGAAAGACCUCUUCUGAUAUUUCAGUUUUCACAAAAUAAAAGGAUGGGAUCUGUUGGAGUUCAGAUUGUAUGUGUGGCCCUUGGGGUCCUCGGUCUGAUCGGGGUGAUCGUGUGUUGCGCGGUCCCACGUUGGAAAGUGUCCUCCUUCACUGGAUCCAACAUUGUGACUGCACAGAGCAGUCAGGAGGGCCUGUGGACGACCUGUGUGGUGCAGAGUACCGGCCAGCAGCAGUGCAAGAACUACGACUCCCUGCUGGUGUUGCCUUCUGACGUGCAGGCUGCCCGUGCCUUGACCAUCAUCAGCUGCAUGAUCAGCUGCCUCAGCCUCCUGAUCCUGUUCUGCGGUGCUGACUUCACCACCUGUGUGCAGAACGAAGACGCCAAGCCCAAGAUCAGCCUGGUGUCUGGGGUCGGCCUGCUGUUGGCUGGCAUCCUGGUGAUCAUCCCUGUCAGCUGGUCCGCCCACAAUGUUGUACGAGAUUUCAACAACCCCCUGAUAGCUGCCGGUCAGAAGAAGGAGCUGGGAGCGUGUAUCUUUGUGGGGUGGGGGGCUGGUGUGCUGCUCCUUCUGGCUGGAGGUCUGCUCUGUUGCUUCAGCAGGCCCCAGUCUGGCAGCUCUGGUGGAACCGCCAAGUACUACAGCAACAAUGCCUCCGCCCCUGGCAAAAACUACGUGUAGUGGCUUUAUGAAGGGGACUGGUGUUUGAGAGAAAGAUGGGAAGGGGGGGUGAUUUAGUGGGUGAGAGACUGGGCAGCAACAAAGUAGAUGCAAAGUGUCUGUAAAUACUAAAUGCAGACAAUAAUUGUCUUUCUUUCAUAUUCAUGGUUAUACUGGUGAAACAUUUUAAAGUUGUUUUACUAUUAGGUGCUGGGUUAUACAUAAGCUAAAUAUAAAACAAAUGGUAAACAGGUUGUAAAUUAUAGAUCUUUAAUCCUAGCUGCAUUCUCCUUAUUGGUAUGGAAUCUUCUAUCCUUUGGUUGCACAGGACCGUGCACGGUCUUUUGGGUCGUAGACAGUGACGGCUUUAAGCCAGAUCAGAGAAGACGCUGUCUCUUUGGCAUAUAAGGCUGUUUGGAGUGCGGGAGGAGCAGUUCUUCCCUCCUGACCUGGUGCCAUUGACUUUCAGCAAUUUCUCCACAACACUUAUCUCCUU